CAGCACUGGACUCUGUGUACAGCGGAGCUGUCUCACUCCGAGAUGCUCCCCAGCAGUCCCGUCGGUACUCCAGCACUCUCUCAGCCCGUUGUCAGCAAUGACGUCAUCGAGCAGGCAAGUGGGCUGAGCUGAGAAGGUAGCGAGCGAGCGAGAGAGAGAGGAGUUGCAGGGCCUGGAAAGGAGGUUUUGAAAACGGAUUUCUUUUCUUUUUUUUAAUAUAUAUUUGUUAUCAACACAUUAAAAAAAAAAAAAAAAAAACACCAUAAAGAGAGAACCAUUUUAUCCAUCGUCACACGCGCCUGACCUGACCAGUGAAUCCCGCGAAGUUAAAACAAGGUAAGAAGGGGACGAAAAAAAAAAACGGAAGGACUCCAUGAAAGAUGACAGAAGAGGUUAUUGUUAUAGCCAAGUGGGAUUACACAGCGCAACAGGACCAAGAACUUGACAUCAAGAAAAAUGAGAGGCUGUGGCUCCUCGACGACUCGAAAACGUGGUGGAGGGUAAGAAACACGUCCAAUAGGACGGGCUACGUGCCGUCAAACUACGUGGAGCGCAAGAACAGCUUGAAGAAAGGAUCCCUUGUAAAAAACCUUAAAGACACACUAGGCCUGGGCAAAACAAAGAGGAAGACGAGUGCGCGAGAUGCGUCGCCUACCCCCAGCACAGAUGCAGAGUACCCGUCCAAUGGCAGCAGCGCAGCCCGCAUCUACGACCUCAAUAUCCCCGCCUACGUGAAGUUCGCCUAUGUGGCGGAGCGGGAGGACGAGCUGAGCCUGGUGAAGGGCACGCGGGUGGCAGUAAUGGAGAAGUGCAGUGACGGCUGGUGGCGUGGCAGCUACAAUGGACAAGUGGGCUGGUUCCCCUCCAACUAUGUAGUGGAGGAGGGGGAGGAGUCCACGGCUGACUCCCCUAGCUUCCUCACCUCCCGGCAGGGGCCCUCCGUCAGUAACGGCCAGAGUACCAAGGUCCUCCACUUGGUCCAGACAUUGUACCCUUUCAGCUCUGUCACUGAGGAGGAGCUCAAUUUUGAAAAGGGGGAGAGCAUGGAGGUGAUUGAGAAGCCUGAGAAUGACCCAGAGUGGUGGAAAUGUAAAAACUCAAGAGGACAGAUAGGGUUGGUACCCAAAAACUAUGUGGUCAUUGUAAGCGAUGGCCCUGUCAUGAGCAGCUCUCACGCUCCUCAGGUAAGCUGCACUGGACCCUCUCCCACGGGCAAGUUUGCAGGACAGGAUUGGUACUAUGGGAAUGUGACGCGGCACCAAGCAGAAUGCGCCCUUAAUGAGCGAGGGGUAGAGGGGGACUUCCUCGUUCGGGAUAGCGAGUCAUCGCCUAGUGACUUUUCAGUAUCGCUGAAAGCUUCAGGAAAGAACAAGCAUUUCAAGGUACAGCUAGCGGAAGGAGUGUACUGCAUCGGCCAACGCAAGUUUGGCUCCAUGGAUGAACUGGUGGAACACUACAAAAAGGCUCCCAUCUUUACAAGUGAACAUGGAGAUAAAUUAUACCUUAUUAAACCGCUGCAGUGACCCCGGCUCUGGUGUUGGCCAAAGUCCGGCCUGUCACAACUAGAAGCCUUAGUUUUGGACAUUCACUUUUACAGAGCAGAGCCAUUUCAAACACUUCAAUUAUUAUUUUUUUUAUUUAAGCUACACAUUCUGGGUGAUUUUGCUCUGUUGGCUGUUCUUCCCCUUUAUUUGUGUAUAUGCCUGUUUGUCUUUCAGUUCUGUGGAACACAUUCAACCUUCCCCAAGGUUGAAAAUAAUAAAACUUCACUAAGUGACCAUUUUAAGCACUCUCUUUAUGCCUUGGCUGAAAGCUCCCCUACAGAUGUUUUGCUUUGUUAGAAAGUACUGAGAAGACUUGCCAUUCUAUUGAAACAGUAGUAGUGCAAUUCAAAUCACUCACAUUUCCUUUUAAAACAGAAGGUAAUUGGGGACAGUCUGAAUGCACUGAAUCUGCAACUUACAGAAAGAAAAGGAAAUUGCAGAAGGCUUAUCAGCUGUAACUGUGAAUUCUGUGGCUUUUGCUGAACAGGUAGCCCGUUGCAAAUCGUCCUAGAAUCUAGAGGCACUCUCUAAAUUGUGUGCUCUUGUUAGUACAGUGAAGAGGAUGCUAAUUAAAACAAUAUUAUAGAACUACUUUUCUGCAGGAAGAUUGUAGGGAAAAUUUAAUACAAAGAAAAAGUGUUUGUAAUUUGCAUCUGAGGCAUCUCUCAAAGUUAUCAUUUACAGUAGAAAGAAUGUUUUGUUAAUGUACAACCAAAUGUGCCACCCACAUAAUGCUUGUCUCUGCCCUACUGCUUGUUUGAAAAAUGAUUAUGUAUUUAAUUCUCAGAGUAAUAUGUAUCUGUAGCUGACUGUGGACACUAAUACAUAAGAUUAAUACAAAAUAGAUAUAUAUUUAAUUUUGGGAUUAUAAUUUGCAUUGGAAAUGUAUGUUUGUUUACAAAUGAAAGGCUGUUGACCAUAAAUUCUCAUCCAUUUUAAAACUAAAUAUGUUUGUCUGGUCAUUUACUGUGAUUUUAUUGUGAGUCUUAUUUUAUUUAAAUGUUUCAACUGUGUAAAGCCAUUGUUUCACUAUUGGAGAAUGCUACAAAUAUGUUUUACACAGCACAAGUUAAAUGUGUUUGUGGCCUUGACAUUGACCCUGUAUGGCUGCUAUUGAGGUCACAUGACUUUAAGAUUUCUGUAUGGGAAAGAAUGCUUUGAGGUAUUGACGUUAUAUUUGGUUCAGUCAUGUUCUAUUUCAAAAAUGUGUUUUUGCAUUUUAACUUUAUCUUUAAGAUCAGUACAUUUCAAAUAAACAUCUAACAAGGGAUCUUUUAAGAGUGUAAAAGCAAAAUUAUGAUUAUUUGUUUUCUGAAAAGGUAUUUUUAUUUAACAUCUUUUACAAAUGUCUUGGAAAAUAAGUAUGUAUAUAGUUUUUACUAGAUUUGUUCUCGUUGUUUGAGCUUGCUGUGCUACAUUUAAGACUCCUUUAUUAAGUGUGAUUGAUUUCCACAGUGAUCUACAAAAACUUGAAUGUAAACCAGUAUGCCACCCUGUUUGAAGGUAUAGUAUAUUUACUAUCCCAAAGUACAGUUUCUUUAAAUUGUUAUGUAUGUGAAGCUUUGUAAUGGUCAUGGCUAUCUGGUACAUUAUAAGCAAGCACUGCAAAGCAGAGUGCUUCAAGGUCUUGAUCCUCUGCCCAUCAUUCCAGAUUUUGGGUCCCAAGAUCCAUACCUUUUCCCAUAUAUCGAAAGACAAGAUGAUUGCAAUAGUAUCAUAAGAAAGAAACACUGCACACUCAUAAAUGCUUCCAAAAGUGUAAAGUCUAUUCUGCAGUUGUAAACAGAUUCAUCAGGCCUCUCACUCUAAACAACUCUUGCAUGGAGCAUUGAACAUUGAAGGAAAAAAUAAAUAAUCUACUCAUAAUUUUGUAUUGUAUAUGAUGAUAUUAAUAAAGAAGGGUGUUUAGAGCUGCA